CAAUCUUGUCCGGACGCUAAUAAGACCCAAUGGCUGGUGCAAGGUGGCCAGGAGCUCUGAGACGCGACACAAGACGGUGGACGAAGGAGAGGAAGAGAGGCAGAAAAAAAAAAUCUUGGGAGAAACUUUUCUGGAUGGACCGAGAGGAUGAGAGCGCCGCGGGAGUGUCUAUAGGAACUGCAGGGAGCGGUGCGUGGGGCUUUUAGCGUGCGUCAGUUCGUGUGUCACGUCAAAGGAACUGCUUGGAGCGAGAAGCGCUCUAGUACCACAUGAUUUGGAAUGGACCAAGAUUUGACCCUCAUUCACAUCACACACCUGGACCCGGGGUAUCACUGUGAUCCGCUGACUCCUGGGAGCCCCAACCCUCCCCAAUGAAGCAGUCCUGGUUGGCCCGCCUGGCACAGCUCGGCCUGCUCGCUGUGUGGACCUGCAUGUGGCUGGUCCAGGGAUGCGGACCGGGCCCUGGGUAUGGUGUCCGCUCAAGGCCCAGGAGACUCACAGCCAUGCACUACAAGCAGUCUUUCCCCAACUUCUCAGAAAACAACCUUGGUGCCAGCGGGAGAGCAGAGGGCAAGAUCACACGCAACUCUGAGCGCUUCAAUGAACUUGUGUGCAACUACAAUCCAGACAUCGUCUUCAAAGAUGAGGAGAACACCAACGCAGACCGCUUCAUGACUAAGCGCUGUAAGGACUGUUUGAACAGGUUGGCGAUCGCAGUGAUGAACCAGUGGCCCGGGGUACACUUACGUGUGACGGAGGCCUGGGAUGAGGACGGACACCACCCUGCCAGCUCUCUGCACUACGAAGGCCGGGCCGUGGAUAUAACCACUGACGACAGAGACACAGACAAGUAUGGUCUUCUCGCCCAGCUGGCUGUGGAGGCCGGCUUUGACUGGGUCCACUACGAGUCCAAAUAUCACAUCCACUGCUCUGUAAAAGCUGAUCACUCUGUUGCUGUGGAGAAAGGGGGCUGUUUCCCAGGCUGGGCCCGGGUCACUGUUGCUGGAGGGGUGCAGAAGAGCCUGUCGUCCUUGGCUCUUGGGGACAGAGUCAUGGCCCUGUCUGCGACGGGCAAAGUUGUGUGGAGCCAGGUCCUCUUGUUUCUGCACCAGGAUCAAGAAAGCUGGUCUACUUUUCUGUUUCUGGAGACAGAAGAUGGUCAUAGAUUGGCCCUCACUCCAAAUCACUUACUCUUUUUCGCCCCCCUUUGCAGACUCCACAGCAGUGAGUAUCAGGCUCAGUUUGCUAGCAGAGCCAAAACAGGAGAUUGUGUUCUCAUCCAUACAGCUCAGGGUCAAGUACGUCCAUCACGGAUCAUCUCAGUUUCAGUAGAGGAGAGUGUGGGUGUGUAUGCGCCCUUGACAGAAGCUGGAACUGUGUUUGUUGAUGGGGUGCUGGCAUCCAGCUAUGCUCUGGUGGAGGACCACAGACUCGCACACUGGGCAUUUGGACCUGUGCGACUCCUCUCCUCAUUCAACCAGCUGCUUUUGGGGGAGACAAGAAAAGACCACCAGACCACAGACAGUGAGACAGCUUGCACUGAGACUCCAUUUCAUUGUAGCACUUUGGCAUACAACGCAGGUGUGUAUGUGAAUAAUGACACUCUGAACAAACAAGAUGGUCAGAGUCAAACUCUGAGGAUGGAAAUGAAAGAGAAGCAGACAUCAAAUGUGCACUGGUAUGCUAGAUUACUAUACCGUUUUGGAUGUAUCUUGUUAGACUCAAGCUCAUUUCAUCCUUAAAAGCCUAAAACUAUACUCAGUAAUCAUUGCACUGUUCAAUGUUAAAGCUCUAAAGCAUGCACCCUAACACUUCCUUAUUUUCUUCAAUAAAUGAAAGCACUGGAAUGGCUUGCUUGCUUUUUUUAUACCCGUGUUUGCAUUGUAAACUAUCAUCAUGAUAUACCUGAAACUACUUAAUUAAUAUUUUGUAAGAGAUGACAAUCUGAGAAGGUUACUGUAAAAAAUGAUAUUGAAAAUAACUGUAUAAUGCUCUAUUUGUACAUCAUGUUAUUUCUGUUAAUUAUUUGGGUUAUAUAUGUGUAAAACAUAUAUCUUAUUCUAAUGUGAUAGGAAUUAAUUUUCCCACAACAAUAGAAACUUUAUUUUUGUACUUUCUGAAUCAUAAUAUAUAUAAAUGUUAAAUUGUAUUAUAAUAAUUACAAUCCAUGUAUUGUAUGUCACAUGUCAUGCCAUAAAAUCAGAUUAAAAUGUCAUUUUA